AGUCCAACCCCGUUGAAGAUUUCCUGUUCCAUGAAAAGUUUACUGCACAUACUCAGUGUGUGCGAGUGUCUGUGUUUGAGAGAGAGAGGGAGAGAGAGACGUAGGCUAUAGGCAAGUUGAGCUUCUGCUGAGGCGCAACAGGCGGGCCGAAAGAAAGAGACUCUCGUUUGGGGUGUUAACGGUGACUUUAGCCGAAGCAUUAGUCACUUCAUGAGAAGGACGGCGGGGUUUGGGCCGCGUCUAAAUGGCGCUACUUCGGUUUUCCGCUUUUUGGUGUGGAACGAUACUCUGUCUUAGCAUACUUUCAGACAACUUGGAGGCGACCCCAGGCUUGCUGAAGCAGAGUCAGCUGUGUAAGUUCUGUGACGUUCGGCCAACCAACUGCACCGGCGUCGGCCGGUGUGAGGCGGGCUGCGAGAUCAGCUCUACCUGCGCUCACACCAGUGAAGUCUGUGUUACUAUCUGGAGGAAGAAGGAUGACAACGUCACCAUGGAUACGAUAUGCCACAACCCAGCCUUGAGGCUGCAUGGGCUGUUGCUGGACGACUACAACAACACCAAGUGUGAGAUGAAGGAGCGGAAAGGCAUGGGCUACAAGUUUUUCAUCUGCUCCUGCACUUAUGAAGAGUGCAAUGAACACAUCUACUUCUCCCCGUUCUCAGACCUGCUGGAGCAGGUGGUGUCGGUGAUCCUGGUGAGCCUCGUGCCCCUGCUGGUGCUGGCCGUCCUGGUGGUCACCUCUUUCUACAUCUACCGGGUGUACCGCCAGCGGCACGCCCGGCCCCUGCGCAAGAGGGGCCAGCCGCUGCACUACCACGACGAGCACGCCAACAUGAUGGAUGACGAGGGCUCGGACAGCAGCUCCACGCACGCCAACAACCUCAACCACAACACGGAGCUGCUGCCCAUCGAGCUGGACGCCCAGGUGGGCAAGGGCCGCUUCGCCGAGGUCUACCGGGCCAAGCUGAAGCAGGGCACCGUGGUGGUGGGCGGCGUCGGCGGGGUCACGGGCACGGAGCAGGCCUUCGAGACGGUGGCCGUCAAGAUCUUCCAGGACGAGGAGUACGCCUCGUGGAAGAACGAGAAGGACAUCUUCUCGGACGCCGACCUGCGGCACGAGAACGUGCUGCACUUCCUGACGGCGGAGGAGCGCAAGGUGCACAAGCAGUACUGGCUGAUCACGGCGUACCACCCGCGCGGCAGCCUCCAGGAGCACCUCAUCCACCACGUCGUCAGCUGGCGGGACCUGUGGACGCUGGGCGGCUCGCUGGCCCGAGGCAUCGCCCACCUCCACAGCGACCGCACGCCCUGCGGACGCUACAAGGUGCCCAUCGUGCACCGGGACAUCAAGAGCUCCAACGUGCUGGUCAAGGGGGACCUCACCUGCGUCCUGUGCGACUUUGGCCUCGGGCUGCGCCUGGACAACUCCCUGUCGGUGGACGAGCUGGCCAACAGCGGGCAGGUGGGCACCGCCAGGUACAUGGCUCCAGAGGUGCUGGAGUCCAGGAUCAACCUGGAGAACAUCGAGUCCUUCAAGCAGACGGACGUCUACUCCAUGGCCCUGGUCCUGUGGGAGAUCACGUCCAGGUGCAGUGCUAUCGGAGAGGUGAAGGAGUAUGAGCCCCCGUUUGGCAAGGUGAGAGAGCACCCGUGUGUGGAGAGCAUGAAGGACAGUGUGCUCAGAGACAGAGGCCGGCCUGAGAUCCCCAACACCUGGAUCAACCACCCGGGCAUCCAGACGGUGUGCGCCAGCAUCGACGAGUGCUGGGACCACGACCCGGAGGCGCGGCUGACGGCACACUGCGUGGCCGAGCGCUUCAACGAGAUGGAGCACCUGGACAAGCUGUCCAACCACUCGGACGAGAUCCAGUACAGCGAGCCCUGAGCCAGGUCUCUGUCUUGAGUGUGUGAGUGAGUGCGCAGUGGAUUGAGAAAGCACUCUAGACUGCAACAUCGCGCCCUGUUGGUGAGGCCGGAGACCUACAACCAGAGGGGGGAAGAAACAGAAAAACAUUCCAGUGGAUGUUUUGUUUACUCUGGGCGUCUCCCCGAAAUGCGUGCGGUGGACUGAGCGGCGAAUGGAAAGAAGCUGUCGGUUUAGGUCCAGCCGAGGCGCAAGUUACUUCAAAGUGCAGUUGCUCCGAGGGCAGGGGAAAUACAGUAUAAAGCUAUAAGAAAUACCUCUUGCACUUUAUUAUUAUCUAUGCAAACCAAAUGUUGUAUAUUCAGAGAGCAAUUAUUGCUUAGGGCAACCAUAGGAAACAGAGGGACUAAGUUUGUGUAUUAUUAAGUAUGAUAAAUAUAUAACUAUGCUUUUCAUAAUAGAGCUUACGGAUGGAACGGGAGCAAAUAGGACGUGUUUAUAUCUAGAUUUUCUAUCUCAAAGCAAGGAUUAUGUCGGUGACAGGGUCACACACUAAUCUUCCUUGCCUUUCCGUGUAUUGGACUUUGUGGGUGUCAGUGUGUGUGUGUGUGUGUGUGUGUGUGUGUGUGUGUGUGUGUGUGUGUGUGUGUGUGUGUGUGUGUGUGUGUGUGUGUGUGUGUGUGUGUGUGUGUGUGUGUGUGUGGGGGGGUGUGUGUGUGUGUGUGUGUGUGUGUGUGUGUGUGUGUGUGUGUGUGUGUGUGUGUGUGUGUGUGUGUGUGUGUGUGUGUGUGUGUGUGUGUGUGUGUGUGUGUGUGUGUGUGUGUGGAUUUUUGUGUGGGGUUGUGGGUUUCAUUGUUUUUUUUCAUUGCCACUGAAAGGGGCGGAAAGGUGAACGACCAACAGGGCAACCAAAGCCUCGAAGUGCGGAAACAUCCGCUCACGUCUCCGCACACAUUAACCGCGAAUGACCCUGAGCUUUGUAAUAAAACCUCAUCCAAAGCAAUAAACCAAGUGGAAAACUGAUAUCAUAUCCCUGUUGAACUGUACAAAAAUAAUACAAGAUAAUUUAUGACACAAGCUGGCUCUGGGCAGUCAAAGGAAGCCUGUUUAAUGGUCUGGAGAGGAUAACAGCAACAGAAUGAGGACAAAAGGACUGGAUGCACAUUAAGUAACCACAUCAUUUCUGCCACAGCCUGGACUUCUUAAUAGACCUUAUUUUUGCACAAAAAGAGAAAAUCCUUUUUGAUCUUUUUCUCAUUACAAGACUUCAAUGAAGCCUGUUUGCUUGCCAUGUUUGCCACCCUUUAUUAAAAGACUUCCAGUAUUCUGUCCACAGUGGCGUUUUCCUCAAUUCAUUUCAACGCCGUCUCUUUAAAUUAUGUUUUUCUCAGUUUGACAAUGGCACACAACUCUGUAGCAUGGACUUCACUCCCACAGAAAAGGUAUCUCGUAUAUUGGAUUUUGAUCAUUAUUUUCAUACGACAGCACUGCUUACCAGUACACAGGCCAUACUCCUGAGUGUCGCCAGGCAGGUUUCCAUGGGUCAAUCUUCUUGAAUUUGAUUGGCUGUCAGAGGCGUUUACAUCAAUCUCAGUGAGCCACUCUCAGUGUGGCUCAUUCUGAGGACCCUCACUGAGUCUGUGACCGGUGUGCCUUUUCCGCUUGGAACACACUUGAUAAGCGUCAGGAAAAAUAUGUGUAUAUAUUUGCCUAUUGAGAAAACAAACAUGUUUUUGUAAGUGUGUGUGCGUGUGCGUGCCUGUGUGUGCCUGAGCGAUAUGCCAUGCCACCCUACACAUAAUGGCAUGAAUCUGAAUUCACUGCUAAUAAGACGGGGUCAAAACUUGUCAUUGGCUAGCUGCCAACAGCUGUAGGAGUCAGUGUCUGUUUGUGUAUCUUUCCGUCUCUGGCUUGCCUUGAGACUUCUUUAAAAAGCUGCUGUUUGUAAUUCAGCCACUGAGGCCAAUAGGUCCCGUGAUCCCCUUAAAGAGGAGUGGAUCAUUAUCUCUUUAAAGAGCAACAACAUUCACACACUGAUUUUCUGGUGGCUUGGACCACCAUUCACUGGGGACAGUCAGUGGAGCCAGUAUUGGACUGCAACCCUGGCUUGUGGGUGUGUGUGUGUGUGUGUGUGUGUGUGUGUGUGUGUGUGUGUGUGUGUGUGUGUGUGUGUGUGUGUGUGUGUGUGUGUGUGUGUGUGUGUGUGUGUGUGUGUG